AUGACCGAAAAAUCCAAAGAUAGCUCACAGCAGCGAUUAUCUAUAUUUAGCCUUGUCCUAGGCAAAUCUCGAGUUACGAAUGAGUUGCUCGAGUUUCCUUACGCUGGGUCUGGUACACAAGACGACCCUUAUGUGGUCAAUUUCAUCCCAGAUGACGCUGGUAAUCCUUAUAACUGGUCCACCGCCUUGCGGUGUGUAAUCACCAUCAUUGCCGGUGGAGGGACGCUGGCGACGUCUUUUGCCUCAACGGCUUUUACUGGUACGUUGUUUGAGCUGGAGUCUGACCUCGGCGCAAGCACGGAGCUCAUCACAGCCGCGGUAUCGCUCUUUGUCCUCGGUUUCGCUGUUGGACCGCUACUCUGGGCUCCUUUGUCGGAAAUGUACGGCCGUCGAAUUAUAUUUGUUAUAACCUUUGGUGCAUUCACCGCUUUCAAUGCUGGCUGUGCCGGCGCCAAUACUACCGCCACGAUCCUUGCUCUUCGUUUUUUUGCAGGCGCCUUUGGCUCGUCUACGCUCACUAAUACUGCUGGCACCGCUUUGAGCUUAUUUGUUUUGAUGCCAGUGGUCGGACCAACACUGGGGCCGUUGUGCGGUGGUUUCCUAGGAGAGAAGCAAGGCUGGAGAUGGGUUGCAGGAAUGAUUGCCAUCGUUGGAGGCGUCGUGUGGAUCCUUGGAACUUUAUUCAUACCAGAGACGUACGCGACUGUUAUCCUUCGAAGAAGAGCUGCAGAACUAUCCCAGAUUACGAACAAGACGUACGUAAUUCAGCUUGAUAUCAACGGGCGAGGGGCUUCCGUGGGGAGCCUACUUAAAACCAGCUUGACUCGACCUUGGGUUUUUCUCUUCAAGGAGCCUAUAGUAUCACUGCUAUCUUUAUACAUGGCAAUUAUCUACGGAACCCUCUACCUCUUCUUCGGAGCUUUCCCUGUAAUCUAUCAACUAGAUCGCCACUGGUCAGAGGGCAUCGGUGGUCUUCCAUUUCUCGGUGGUUCAGUCGGUCUGUUAUGUGCAGCUGCAUUUAGCUUCUGGACAAACAAAAAAUACAAAGAAAUCGCCAAAAUGAAGGGAGGAAUCGUUCCCCCCGAAACUCGCCUUAUACCCGCCAGCCCGUCUAUCCAUUGGGUCUCUUCAGUACUCGCAAACGUUCCGUUUGGCUUCGGGCUCUUGGUCGUCUUCUCGUCUAUCACGAAUUAUUUAAUUGAUUCAUACCUCAUCUUCGCUGCAUCCGCGAUAGCCGCGAAUACAGUCUUGCGAUCACUAUUCGGCGCGGCCUUUCCUCUUUUUACUCCCUAUAUGUACCAGAGUCUCGGUAUCCACUGGGCAAGUUCUGUUCCGGCCUUUUUAUCACUAGCUUGCGUCCCUCUUCCGUUUAUUUUUUACAAAUAUGGAGCAAAGAUACGUAAACGAUGCACAUAUGCUUCUUAA